UAUUUGCAAUCUUCGCAAACAAAACAAACAUUUUGAAAGUAUUUUGUUUGGGAUUCAUUUAAAAAUUCACGGUGUUUUACCGUUGGCAGGGUAAAAAAAUGUAAAUCAACAAAAUCUAAUUUGUUUAUUUGCUAAGAAACCGGCCAAUUAAAUAACUGACGUAAUCGAGCCGUGACAACAUCGCUUUUAUUGAUACAGGCCAUGUCUUACAAGAUUUUCUAGUAAAUAUUAAAGUUCAGAUUUAACCUUACAAAUCUCCUUUCACGUAAUAUGGUGAAUGUUGUCUAUCGGCGCAUCAGUUAAGACCGUUGAGUUGUUAAAACUGGACUUCAUUAAAACGAAAUGAACGACCCCUGGGAUGUAAAAUCUGUAAGGCAAUCUGGACAAUAUAUGUCCUGCAUGAAGAUAAAUGGCGUACCGCUCCUGCCCCCUGUUUUCAUUUUCAUGGCAGUGGUGCUGGGCAUAGGUUUACUUCCUGAGGAAAUAAGACUGCCAUAUAUCAAUCCUAACAUACAAGCAAGUUCAAAUUACUGGACCUCACAGUUGUCGAAAGAAUGCCGUAAAGAAAUGCAGUACUACAAGUUAUUGGCUAAAGAAGUGGAGAAACGAAUACUCCUCCUGAAGACAUUUAUAUCUUGCAGUGAUUCAGAUGCCAGCGAAGAUAAGACUGAUGCACCGGAAAUACCUGAAUCCGAACAAAACUAUGAACUACCAGUAGAAGAAUUAGUAUCUGUUAAUAAUGAAAAAAUUUUAGGUGAUACUGAAAAAUCUUCAAAUAGAUCAAUAACAAAUUCUCCCAAACUCAGUUCACUUUCAAGUAACAACUCGGAUAAAUUAUGUUCCAAUUUCACACCAAUUACAGAUACAGCAUUAAAUGAGUCAUCAAAAUUAGUAAUUGAUGUAAGUUUAAGUUUUAGCCACACGGAUGAAACAACAUUGCAUGGAAAUAAAACAUUACCACAAGAUACACCUACAGAUUUACCUGAACAUGAUAAUGAAAAACCUACAAAAGAAAACAAACCUGAUUUCAAACUUGAAAGUGAUAAAGAGCUAUCUUCAAAUAAGUCUAAUUUUGGAAUCAAUAAUAAAAGUGCUACAAUGGAUAAUUUCUACAUUGAUGGACCAUCAUCACUUGGUGCAAAAAGCUUUACAGGUUCCCUUAAUGAUAUACAUAAAGGAAGUGAGAAAACUUCCGAAAAUAAUCCAUUAAUAAGACAAAGAUCAUACACUGUACUGACUCCAAGUCCUAUGCUGCUAGCUCAUUUGCAGAUACAAUCUCUCAGCACCGGUGUAGAGGUGGCGGCGAUAUCAAUGAGCGAGUCGCGCUCCAAUCUAACUUCACCUAACAAAAAACGUAAAAGCUGGGACUUAGAAACGGCUAAAGCCACAUGGUCAAACAUGGCAUUGGAGUUGAAGAAAAACAAUAUUGUAAUUAAUGUAGCUUUAGACGGAAAUAAUGAUAUAAAAUGCAACGGAACUAAAAAGCGCAUUUUGUCCAGAUCAGUCGACAAAUCUAAAAGACAGUCAGUUCCGCGAUCCAGAUCGGCAGCUUCUGAAAAAACUCGAUACAGCAAUCUAAAUUCCAAACCAUCAAUUCAGUCUGCACCAAUAAAUAAAAAUCACAAAUCUCGAAAUCCAAAUAAAAAUGUAAAUGAUAAAACGAUUUCCCAUCAAAAAACACAGGAACCUAAGUUACCGACACCACAAUUGGCCACCGAGAGUGAUGACCCCGACCCUGCUAAACGUGUGAGAGAACUUUACGAGAGGAUACAAAAACAGCAGCUCAUACAAAUGGCAACACUUGUUGAAAAACAGAAAAAGGAACAAAUCCUUUUGCAGCAGGUUUUCGAAGAGCAAAACAAUUUGCUAUUUAAUCAGUUGAAAACGAUUUGCCCAAAGUCACCUGGCGAAAUGAAGAAAGCUUGGAUUGACAAAAACGAAACACCAGAGCGAGGACCCGUCAGUCUCAGCCAGUUAAUCACCCCCAAACCUCCGGAACCGACUAUCCGCGAUAGCCCUGUGUCUACCACAUUGACAGAUACCAACAAUUACUUAAAUCAUUGUGAUAAUGUAUUGAAAAAGAGCAGGGAUAUAACUAGCAGUCUAAAAAAACAGCCUACGGAAUUUAAGAUUGAAGAUAAUUCAAAAACUGCCAAAGGUGAAGUCGAAAAGAUAAGGACACGUUCACCUACGAACAGAAACACUUCUAGAAAGUUAAUAUACGACACGAGCGCGUCCUCCGACCGCGAAUACGACCUCAUAUUGACGGACCGCACGAACGACACCAUGGCAGACCUGAACGUCACCUUCCCUUCGGACAACAGUGAGGAUAUCCGUCCAGCGAGCCAGCUCGACGUAGAAAAUAUACGUGAUGAAGAAAGAAUCGAUCACGACAUGUCACUUACGGCCAAAGAUGAACCAAAAGCCACCGAUCGCGCCAUAAAAAGCGUAGAAGAUUCGAUAAAGAAUUCCAUUCUCGACGUUCGGGCGCGACUUCUUAAAAAAGAUCUCUUUCGUGCUCCUACUGCCCAAGAGCGCGCGGCGGCGACUAGGAUAGUAGCGUACGCGAAAGGUUACCUGGUGCGCCGGCUGCUGCGCACGGAGCGCGUGCAGGCCACCGUGCAGACCAUCCGCGACGCGCUGCUGUGCGCGCUGCAGCUGCACCAGGAGCGCGCCGGCAUCCGCGGCCCCGACGUCGACCUGCACCGCCGCCUCAUACAGCAGAUAACAGCGGCGUGCUACUCGCUGCACGAGACGUUCAUAACGAGCUCUGCGGCGGAGCGGUGCGCGCUGCUGGCCGCCGACCGCGCCCGCCAGCGCGCGCUCGCCCUGCGCGCCUCGCCGCGACACUACCGCCCCACUGACGUAAUGUCGCAGUCUCACUCGGGGUCGUUCGGGUCGCGCGCGCGCCGCGCCUCGCCCGCCGCCGCCAUGUCGCACUCCAGCCACGAGAGCUUUAGCGGCGACAAGUCUGGUCUGCGUGCGCGGUGCGUGGGCAGCCCGCGCCGGCGGCCGUGGCGCUGACCGCGGGGGCCGCGCCCCGGGUGCUUCGCCCUCUGCUGGCCGCACCCCCCGCCUGCGCACCUCUGACCCCUACACUAGCCAUAAGACGCUGCAAAAUUGUAUGAGCUUAUUCUUUUAUUGCCUUAUUUAUUGGCCAUUUUAAAAAUGCGUUUAAUUAAAUAUGUAUUCCAAUGUGUAACAAAAAUUGCAUUUGAUAUUUUUUACAUAACUUACACUAUUAUAAAGGUGUUUAAUUUGGCAAAUUGUAUUGCAUAAGAUACAUUAUGGCAAAGCAAAAAAAAAGUAUAAUAAGAAAACAUAACUACCCACAUAACUGUGGGUUAUUGAAGCACUUGUCUAAUUUGGUAACUCAAUAUCUCUGAGAAUACUAUCAUAAUUAUCUGCAGUGUAAAUUCACGUAAAAUAACGGUAUUUGGACUGUAAGUGAUAAAUUUAGGUUGUAAAGCGCGAAGCUUCCAAAGCCGAGGUGCCUGGUUUAUAUUAAAGUGUGGUUGUGUUGUGUUGCCAGUUUAUGAUACAAUGAGAUUAUUUCCAAUAAAAUACUUUAGUAUACAAGCUUUUUUACUGUUUUGUAAUUCACAUAUUUGAUAUUUUUCGCGGAAUAUUACUGUUUACUGUAAUAAGAUUGUAGUCAUUAGAGGUAAUUUUUUUAAUCGUGAUUUACUUUAAAUGUAUCUUAACAUAUAUUUUUUAAUACAAUAAUUCAAGUACUAAUUAACCAAGUGAGGCAAAUGUUAUCCUUACGAUGAGUUUCGACUUUGUUUUUUAAAAAAACGACAUGUGUUAUUGUAAGAAGUAUUUAUGUAACAGCAAGCUUUUGCCGAUAGUAUUCUUAACUGCUUAAAAUGUAUUUUUAUGUAUUCAUUUUUUAUAAAAAUUUCUGUCCACACUGUUGUAAAAGUGCCUUUUUCUGUUCUAAUUGUUCUAUAGAAUAAAUUGUAGUCACAUUCCAAAACCACAAACUGUGUAUGGUGUAAGCAGAAAGUCAAAAAAUACAGGAAUUUAAAAAUUAAGAAUAAAUUAAUCUGCAGCCACUAUUUUGUGUUAAAUGUAAACAAGACUAUGUAUUUGU